AUGGGGGAUGAGGAGAACAAUUUUCAACCUUCAAAAAAGAGGGCUGCUGGAGUGCAACUAUCUCGAGAUAACCCUGGUCUUGAUGAUGAUGAAACCUCUGAACCAGAGACAGGAAGUUUCAAAAAGGCAAGUGACGAGGUUUUGGCAAGUAGAAGAAUAGUGAAAGUUCGUCGCCAUCAAACAUCAACUCCACCAGUCCCUAACUCUGCCCCAGCCCCUUCUUCUAACCCUUUUGCCACGAUACGUCUGGUUCCUCCUCCUGGUUCUGCUGCUUCAGAAAAGGUUGAAGAGAGUGGUGUUGUGAGAAAAGAAAUUGAACAAAUUGAUAAGAUCUAUAACCGAUCUAAGAACAAGGUUGAUGAGCUAAAGGAAGAACCAACUGUAGGGGAUGCAAAAACUGAUAUCAAGGAUGAGAAUGCCAAGCAAUCCGAAAGUGAAGUUGAUGAAUCUAAAGCUGAAUUAAAUGCAGAGAAGGGUGAAACUGAUGAUGUCAGUGAGCCAAACAAAACUAAUUCUGCUGAUGAGAAAGCAGAAGAAAGUGAGAAGUCUACUGUCGAAGCCAAGAAACCUACAGAAAACGUUAACAUCGAGAAUGAAGCAGGGAAAGAUGCAGAAGCCGAGAUAACUGAGGAAAAUGGUAGUGGUGAUAAAAAUAUCGCAAAGGGUGCAGAAAGUUCACCCUUCGGCUCAUUUCGGCAACUUUCAAGCAGCCAAAACGCUUUCACCGGACUUACUGGAACAGGGUUUUCCAGUUCUACAUUCUCAUUUGGAUCAAUUCCUAAAGAUGGAUCUCCACCAAGUUCUGGUUCCAAUUUCGGGUUGAAGAACGACCUGCUUUCUAUUGGCUUUGGUGCUUCUGGUAACGGAAGUUCUUCCAUUUUUGGCACCUUGGGUCCAACUAUAGACAACAAAAGUGGGGGAAGUGCAUUCUCUUCUAUGCAGGAGGUCCCUGUUGAAACAGGAGAAGAGAAUGAGAAGGUUGUUUUCACAGCCGAUUCUGCGAUGUUUGAAUUUACUGAUGGAGCUUGGAAGGAACGCGGGAAGGGGGAACUUAAGGUCAAUGUCUCCACAACAGGGAUAAGAAAAGCUAGAUUGAUUAUGAGAGCCAGAGGAAAUUAUCGGUUGAUUUUGAAUGCCGGUCUCUUCCCGGACAUGAAGCUGACUAAUAUGGACAAGAAAGGCAUAACUUUUGCCUGUGUGAAUACUGCCAGUGAAGGGAAAGACGGACUUUCUACUUUUGCUUUGAAAUUUAAGGAUGCCUCCGUAGUCGAAGAGUUUCGAGCUGCUGUCACAGAGCAUAGAGGUAAGACCGCUGUUCCUCUGAAGACCCCUGAAAAUUCUCCCUAG